CCCUCACAACCACAACAACAGCCAAGAUGCCUCGCCAAUUCUUCGUCGGUGGUAACUUCAAGAUGAACGGGACGAUCAAGUCCAUCAAGGACAUCGUCAACAACCUCAACCAGGCGAAGCUUGACCCCAACACCGAGGUCGUCAUCGCUCCUUCUUCCCUCUACCUGCUCCUCACCCGCGAGAACCUCCGCAAGGGCAUCGAGGUCGCUGCCCAGAACGUCUACGACAAGCCCAACGGCGCCUUCACCGGUGAGCUUUCCGUUGAGCAGCUCAAGGACUCUGGCAUCACCUGGACCUUGAUUGGUCACUCCGAGCGGAGGGUUAUCCUGCAGGAGGACGACUCGUUCGUCGCCAACAAGACUAAGGCUGCCAUUGACGGUGGUCUUGGUGUCAUCCUCUGCUGCGGUGAGAGCUUGGAGCAGCGUGAGGCUGGCAAGACCAACGAGGUCGUCAUCAACCAGCUGAAGGCCGUCCACUCCCAGGUCAAGGACUGGUCCAAGAUUGUCAUCGCCUACGAGCCCAUCUGGGCCAUUGGCACCGGCAAGGUCGCGACCACUGAGCAGGCUCAGGAGGUCCACGUCGCAAUCCGUGAGUGGCUGAAGACGGACCUGUCUGCUGAGGCGGCCGACAACACCCGUGUCAUCUACGGUGGUUCCGUCUCUGAGAAGAACUGCGUCGAGCUUGCUAAGCAGGAUGACAUUGACGGUUUCCUCGUUGGCGGUGCCAGCUUGAAGCCCGCUUUCGUUGACAUUGUCAACGCCAAGCAGUCUGCUUAGACUGCCAAAGGGCUAUCAUUAAUGUUUUUGACGCAUGAAUGACUUGGAAAAUAAAUGUAGAGGG